GAAGGGGUAGUAACAGUAAGGAGGUGUAAUAUCAGCAGAAGGUGUAGUAACAGUAGAAGAUGUAGUAACAGUAGAAGAUGUAGUAACAGUAGAAGGUGUAGUAACAGUAAAAGAUGUAGUAACAGUAGAAGGUGUAACAACAGUAGAAGGUGUAGUAACAUUAGAUGUAACAGUAUAAGAUGUAGUAACAAUGGAAGGUGUAGUAACACUGAACUGUGUAGUAACAGUGUAAGGUGUAAGGUAUAACAGUAGAAGGUGUAUUAACUGUAAAAGGUAUUGCAACAGUAUAAGGUGUAGUAACAAUAGAAUAUGUAGUAACAAUAGAAGGUGUAGUAACAGUAGAAGGUGUAUUAACUGUAGAAGCUGUUGCAACAGUAUAAGAUGUAGUAACAGUACAAGGUGUAGUUACAGUAGAAGGUGUAUUAACUGUAGAAGGUGUUGCAACUAUAUGAGAUGUAGUAACAGUACAAGAUGUAGUAACAGUGGAAGGUGUAGUAACAGUAAGAAGGUGUAAUAACUUUAGAAGGUAUAGGAACAGUAGAAGGUGUAGUAACAGUUGAAGGUGCAGUAACAUUAAAACGGUGUAGUAACAGUGGAAGAUGUAGUCACAGUGGAAGGUGUAGUAAUAGUAGA